AUGUCAAUCACGUUCACGCGCCGGCACCAGAGAGACGACCUUCUCGUCUACGACUUCAACAUAGAAAGAGACCCGUUCGUGGUCACCGUCACGGCAAGUCCUUCGGUGGUGCAUAGGUGGGUGACUUCUAUCGUCCAACUGUACAAGCAUAUCAUCAACGACGGCAUCGCCGUGGUGGGUCUGGGUGUACAGUUUAGUGCGAGCCCAAACACACGUUAUACGGUGGACACAAUGCAGCUCUGCAUAGGUGAGCAGUGUCUCAUAUUCCAGCUCUCACGCGCGCCAAACGCGCCGAGGGUUCUGCGGGAUUUUCUCCAGAACAAAGGGUGCACCUUCGUGGGGUUCUGGAACUGUUUGGAUAGAAGGAUGUUGGGGCUAUCGCGGCACAGGUUGCGUAUGAGAAGAAAUCCCGUGGACGUGAGGUCCAUUUUGGGUAAUAAAGUGGGAAAUGCUUCGAUGGAGAGUAUUGUGGAAAGAAGCCUUGGAUACUUUGGAAUUAGUAUGAGUUGGAAUGUGAUUAUGAGCAAUUGGAAUGGAAGCACUCUCACUGAUGAUCAGGUUGUGCAAGCCUCUGUUGAACCUCGCUGUGCUUUCCUCAUCGGCGCUUUCUACGGUGCUUGGUUACGUUGA